GAACUCGGCAGCGGGGGCGGGGCCUUCCUCUAACCUACGCUGCUCCAACAUGGCUCCGCGGCUUUGCAGCAUCUCUGCGGCGACGCGGCGGCUGCUGGGCAGCCCGCGACCCAGCGCGGGGGUCGCCGCGGCCGCGGGUGUGGCUGCUGCCCGUUCCUAUUCCAAGGACAAUGAAGGCAGCUGGUUUCGCUCCCUGUUUGUCCACAAAGUCGAUCCCCGGAAGGAUGCCCACUCUACUCUGCUGUCCAAGAAGGAGACCAGCAACCUCUAUAAGAUCCAGUUUCACAACGUGAAGCCCGAGUGCCUGGAUGCCUACAACAGCCUGACGGAGGCUGUGCUGCCCAAGCUCCACCUGGAUGAGGAUUAUCCCUGCUCACUUGUGGGCAACUGGAACACAUGGUAUGGGGAGCAAGACCAGGCAGUGCAUCUGUGGCGCUUCUCAGGCGGCUACCCAGCCCUCAUGGACUGCAUGAACAAGCUCAAAAACAACAAGGAGUACCUGGAAUUCCGAAAGGAGCGGAGCACUAUGCUGCUGUCCAGGAGAAACCAGCUGCUCCUAGAAUUCAGCUUCUGGAAUGAGCCACAGCCUAGAGCAGGCCCCAACAUCUAUGAGCUGAGGACAUACAAACUCAAGCCAGGAACCAUGAUCGAAUGGGGGAACAACUGGGCUCGGGCCAUCAAGUACCGACAGGAGAACCAGGAAGCAGUGGGCGGCUUCUUCUCACAGAUAGGAGAGCUCUACGUUGUACACCAUCUCUGGGCCUACAAAGACCUGCAGUCCCGGGAGGAGACUCGAAACGCUGCCUGGAGGAAGAGGGGCUGGGAUGAAAACGUCUACUACACAGUCCCCUUGGUGCGACACAUGGAGUCUCGGAUUAUGAUUCCUUUGAAGAUUUCGCCUCUUCAGUGAUGCUGCUGCUACCUCUACCUCUUUCCCCUUCUCUCUCAGGGCAGCCUGGGACAGAGGAGCUUCUGGUCCUGCUGUCUUGGUUUUCUCUAGGCUCUGGGAAGACUCUGACAGGUAGAGCUCAGCUCAGACAAAUAUGACAAGGUUCUGAGGAGUUACAGUUCUGUCCAGACACUUCUUGCCUUCCCUGCCCACCUCCUUCCCUCUGCUGGAAGUAGUUUCUAAGUUCCCUGAAUGAAGAAUAGCAACCUUUUAGGUCUUCUCACAUUUCCCCCUUGAGAUUCCUCAUCUCAAGGCCCCCUGUCCCCAUACAUCACUGUGGAAAUCCUUGGUUUACCUUAGUUGCACAAAAGAUAGGAUAACCAGUGGUUACAGGUGGGGUGGGAAAGGAGAAAGUCAGACCAGGGCUGGCCCUCAAGAAUUCCCUGGUCUCUACUAGGUCACCCACUUGCUGGACAAGUAAGUCUGAGCCAAGUUCCACCUGCUGGGGAAAAGCAUGGAACUGCCAUGAACUCUCAGCUGUUGGAAGGAGAUGCACAGUUCUACCCAGUGAGGCUAAAGAAAAGGAUAGGAAUAGGAGGAUUUGGGAGCAGGAGACAGACAUGGAACAGAAACCCAGAAGGCAGGACAUAGAAUUCACAACUUGGAUUUGAACUGUAGAAUUUGGAAUACAGAUUGGAAAUAGAACAGAAUGACAGAAGACCCUGGGAGUGGGGGUAUCUAAGUACUAGACAACUGAAGAAAAGCUGGUUUCCCUUUACAUAAUGAGAUUGAAACUAGAAUAUGUAGUUCUGGCCAUUUUCCUGCCAGCUCCCUUCUUCCUGCAGGCAAAAUUAUAGGCCAAGGCCUGUAUUUCCAUCACCCUGCAUUUCUUCUUCUCUGCCUGACAUCCUGUCAACCCAGCCCUCAAUUUGCCAGGGCCACCAGAUCUGUGGAACAGGACCAGUGACUCUGGGGAUCUCCUCAGUGACCUCCCCCUCCCAAUACCUCAUGAACCCCUACGUAGCUUGAUUUUGCCUCCCUACCAGGAAAACGUGCUAGAGUUGCUGAUGGAACCAAUUAAAUAUUUACUAUAA